GUUAGUCACCACACACUAACUCAUUCACGCACGCCAUUUCUGAGUUUAUUCGCAAAAUCUCUCGAAUUCUCUCUUUCUUUCGCUCAUUGAUUACAUCGUCACUUCUGGGUACAUCUGUAUCCGUUUCUGUGAACCCAACUCCUGUAACCGAACACACAGACCCUCUUCUCCUGUUCUAGUCAUCAAGGUGCUUUUAUUGCGUAAUGUAAUCUUGAUUUUAGGUGUUAUUGUUGGUUUAGUCAAUCCGCAUUUGCCGCAAAGUGUUGUAAGUUUUUCUUACUGUGAUUUAAACAUGGGUUUUCGCUAGUAUUGUUCGGUUGGCUUCUUCUUCCGAUUCUGUUGAUGCCCAUUUUGUCCAAGCUUUAGUAAACUUGUGAAAAUGGAGGUUGUGGUGAUGGGUUUUCGUUAAGUUUACUGUUUCUGUUCUCUAAGACUCACAAGUCUUGAGCUUGAUUGGGAUUUUGGCUGAUAUUAGGAUUGAUAGUUGUACCAUGUAAUUCAGUAAAUCGGCAGGUUUUUUGUUGGUGUUACUGUGUUAGUUUACUUUUUGGUGGGGGUUUAGUGAUCAAUGAAAAUGGUUUUUCGUUAAUUUUGUUAAGAAAUUGUGUUAAUGGAUCUAACAUCUGCUAUGGCACACCGUUAAUUUAAGAUCAAGCAUAUGGAAAGCUUCACUUUGUUCCGCUAACAUAGGAAUUAUUCACCAUGGACUUUGUUUUUCGCUAAAGAUCUUGAUUCUUGAUUCUUGAUUUGAAUCGAUUCUUUGUUGUUUCGUUCUUUUGCUCUUGGAAGGAAUAUACUCCUGCAAUUCCUUUCGAACAUUCUUUGAAAUGUAAAUUUCUUCAAUUUUAUUCAUCUAUAGAGUCAUAUAUCGAUAACAAAAUGAGUUUUAUGUUACAUUCUCAAUUUUCCUUUGAGAUACCAUGAUUUUCAAGAAGUACAUAUCCUUCUGCCCAUAGUUGCUCAUACUUUUAUUAGCCUAUGCAAAUUUAAAGCUACGAAAUUGGCCUCUCGAGUCGGUUGAAUCUGUGUAGUGUCUUGUGUUUUCAUUCACCAUUGUUCAAACAAAAUCCAAAAAUAUUUAUUUUUUUUUCAUCAAAAAACUUUGAAUCAUCAUGGAGGAAACAUUUGUUCCCUUCCGUGGGAUCAAGAAUGAUCUCAAAGGAAGACUAUUGUGCUACAAGCAAGACUGGACAAGUGGCUUCCAGGCAGGUAUCAGGAUUCUUGCUCCAACGACAUAUAUAUUCUUCGCUUCUGCAAUUCCAGUUAUAUCUUUUGGGGAGCAGCUGGAGAGAGAUACAGAUGGAACUUUGACUGCAGUGCAAACUCUUGUGUCAACAGCAAUUUGUGGUAUCAUUCAUUCAGUUGUUGGAGGCCAGCCCCUGCUUAUACUGGGGGUGGCUGAACCAACAGUGUUGAUGUACACGUUUAUGUUUAACUUUGCUAAGGAUAGAAAGGAUUUGGGACCUAAACUCUUCUUAGCCUGGACUGGAUGGGUUUGCGUGUGGACAGCCCUUUUGCUUUUUCUACUGGCCAUUCUGGGUGCAUGCUCUAUAAUUAAUAGAUUUACACGCGUUGCUGGUGAACUAUUUGGUCUUCUGAUUGCAAUGCUCUUUAUGCAGCAGGCCAUACGGGGAGUCGUGGAUGAGUUCCGCAUUCCGGAGAGGGAAAAUCCCAACCUCACUGCGCUGUUACCAUCUUGGCGAUUUGGCAAUGGAAUGUUUGCAUUGGUUCUGUCAUUCGGUCUUCUUCUAACAGCACUAAAGAGCCGUAAAGCGAGAUCUUGGCGCUAUGGGACAGGUUGGUUACGAGGAUUUAUAGCAGAUUAUGGAGUCCCACUCAUGGUGCUUGUAUGGACGGCUAUAUCUUAUAUUCCUGUUAAUGAUGUUCCUAGAGGUAUCCCAAGGCGGCUUUUCAGCCCAAAUCCAUGGUCUGCAGGUGCACAUUCUAAUUGGACCGUUAUCAAGGAAAUGGUGAAUGUACCUCCUUUGUACAUAGUUGGAGCAUUUAUUCCUGCAACUAUGAUUGCUGUGCUAUACUACUUUGAUCACAGUGUUGCAUCUCAGCUUGCCCAACAACAGGAAUUCAAUUUGAAGAAACCUGCUUCAUAUCAUUAUGAUCUUCUUCUUUUGGGAUUUUUGGUUAUCUUGUGUGGUCUUAUUGGCAUUCCCCCUUCCAAUGGUGUCAUUCCUCAAUCUCCAAUGCAUACAAAAAGCUUAGCUACCCUGAAACAUCAGCUUUUGCGGAAUAAGCUAGUAUCAACAGCUCGACAAUCUAUGGAAAAAAACUCAAACCUGGCUCAGUUAUAUCGGAGCAUGCAACAAGCUUACAAUGAAAUGCAAACUCCACUCGUCUAUCAGACGCCUUCUACUCUGGGACAGGGAUUAAAGGAGCUCAAAGAAUCAACAAUCCAGAAGGCCUCAAGUACUGGCUAUAUUGGUGCUCCUGUUGAUGAGACUGUUUUCGAUGUGGAUAAGGAUAUUGAUGAUCUUUUACCUGUCGAAGUCAAAGAACAACGCCUCAGCAAUCUGCUUCAGGCAUUGUUGGUUGGUUCUUGUGUUGCUGCUAUGCCUUUCCUGAAGAAGAUUCCAACUUCAGUUCUUUGGGGAUACUUUGCUUUCAUGGCCAUUGAAAGCUUGCCCGGAAAUCAAUUUUGGGAGAGGAUAUUGUUGCUUGUCACGGCUCCUAGUCGAAGAUACAAAGUUUUCGAAGAGUGUCACGCAACCUUUAUCGAGACAGUACCCUUCAAAACAAUUGCAGCAUUCACCUUGUUCCAGACUGCUUACCUGCUCAUGUGCUUUGGCAUAACAUGGAUACCAAUUGCUGGGGUCCUUUUCCCAUUGUUGAUCAUGCUUCUUGUCCCUGUUCGGCAAUAUCUGCUCCCAAAGUUUUUCAAAGGAGCCCAUCUUCAAGACUUGGAUGCUGCAGCAUACGAGGAAGGCCCUUCAGUAUCUUUCAACAUGGCAUUUGAAGAACUAGAUUCUCAACCGAAAUCAAGUAACAUCCAUGAUGCAGAAAUUUUUGAUGCAAUCAUCACCAGAAGCCGUGGUGAGAUCCGCAGCAGCCGGAGUCCUAAACUAACAAGUUCAGCCCCAGCUUCAUGUAGCCCACAGUUGUCACAGAGGGUAUACAGUCCUCGUAUCAAUGAACGGAGGCUAGAUCAGAGCCCCAGGUUUGGUGGAAAUGGAAUUAGGCAGGCUCUGUGUCCUGGACCAUCUAACCUGAGACAUGGUGCUCAUGGUUCAUACUGAGGCUAGUCUUAUUAUGUAUGUAUUCUAGUGAAGGUCAAUUGUGCUCGAGAGGUCGCUUCCUAAGUAGAUGUAACUAAGUGCUAUGUGUUGUUGUUGUUGUUGUUGUUGUGUUUAUCCCAUAUAGGUUGGGCAGAGAGGACAAUUAUGAAAAUAAAAGACACUAUUUACACUAUCAA